CAAAAAUGUCCAAAGCAUUAUAAAGCUAAUUACUCAAAACAAUCUCAGUGAAAAUCCCCAAGGAUUGCCAGAUUCAAAAGGUAAAUUUGAAAGAAAUAAUCAAAUUGAUGUUCAGCUAGAAAAAAUAUUUCUAAGAUUUGGAGUACUUAAGUAGUGGUGCUUACGCUCUUGUCUUGAAAGCUAAGAACACUUAAGAAAAUCGUAUUGUUGCGCUUAAAUUCCUAACAUCUACGAACUAAGAGGAUGCGAAUGGAAUCGAAUCUAUUAAAAAAGAAUAUGAAAUGCUUCAAAAGUUUGGCUAAUCUGAUUUUUUGGUAAAUGUCUAUGAUUGCUUCUAUUUAAUGGAAGAAGAUGUAGAAGAGGAUGAAGAAGGUAACGAAAAAACCAUCUUAACAGAAGAGAAAUCCUUUUUUGUGAUGGAAAUGGAGCUUUGCAAGUAAAAUCUUAAACAGCUCUUCGAUUUUUUCAGAAAUACAUAGUCACCUCCUAAUGAAAUAAAGGAAGUAAUAGCUAUUCAAAUGUUAGAAGGAUUGAAUAACCUUCAUGUCAAAAAUAUCAUGCACAGGGAUAUCAAACCUCACAAUUUCCUAGUUUCCCCUUCUCAAACUUAUGGAUUUACCAUCAAGCUCUGUGAUUUAGGUUUUGCAUCUGCAGUAACAAAAUCGAAAAGCCAUUAUCUAUCAAAGAAAGGAACUGAUGCUUACUUCGCUCCUGAGGUAGAAAAGGGAUAAUCAAGAAUUCAGUCGGACAUCUUUUCUCUAGGGCUAGUUUUACUUGAGCUAGAUAAUCUGAAUGUGCUAAAUGAUAAUUGGAUUGACUUGGAUACAAAGGCAGAAAUUCAUAAAGGAAAAGCAAUAGCUUCGAAAUAUUAGAUUGAUAGAAAGUCUAAUAUUUAUAAAAUAGCUGAGAUUUGCUUAAAACCAAAUUAUUUAGAAAGGAAAAGUUCAGGAGACCUACUUUAUGAGCUUAUUAAUCUUCAUGGAUAACCACUGAAAUUCAUACUCAGGUCUAUGAUAUUAAAAGAACAAAUUCCGUAGUAAUCAUAAUAUAUGGCACAGAUAUUGCUUGAUAACACAGAUUAAAAAAUAAAGAAAAAAGAUACUGAAAAACAAUUUGUAAAUAAAGAAAUACUAUCUAAACUAUUACAAAGUCUAUUUGAAAAUAAUAAAUAUGUAAAUAAUUUCCAAAUUCUUAAUUUUGGAAGCUUUGGUAUGGUAUUAUCUACUAAAAAAGUUAACUUGAACAACAAGGAAAUAGCAUUAAAAAUACAAAAGAUUGUAAAUGAUUAAGAAAUUUAAAAUGAAAUUAGAAUAAUGUAAUAGUUGAAAACUCCAUUAGUAGUCUAGCUAUAUGACCAUUAUGUCAUAGAAAAAGCUACAGCACCUGAAAAAUAUGUAGUUUUCGAAUUAGAAAAGUGUUCAUGUUCACUCUAAGAUUAUCUCGAAAGAUAAACAAAAGAAGGAGAAUUUAGUGAUGAAUAAAAACUGAAUAUUGCACUCUAAAUAAUUGACUCUGUCAAUUAUAUUCAUUGUUUCAAUAUUAUUCAUAGAGAUAUUAAACCUGAAAAUUUUUUGGUUUGUUUGGAUGGCAAUCAACUUGAAAUCAAACUGUGCGAUUUUGGAUUAUCAGUUUAACUUGGAAAAGAUUGUGAAUAAAUUGAAGUAUAAUGUAUGGUAGGAAAUAUGACGUACAGUGCACCUGAAAUUAUAGCUAAAGAAGAUGAUUAAAAUAAAAUAUAUUCUAAAAAAUCUGAUUCUUACUCAGUAGGAUUACUAUUAUCUUUGCUUGACAAUUACUUAAUUUUAAAUGAAAUAGUAGGAAUUACAUUCCCAAGUAUGGCUUUUGAAUAAUAAAAUGAGCCUUUUAAUAACAUAAAUAUUAAGCGAAACUCUGAAAUAUUUAAAUUUAUUAAACUCUUAGUUGUCUGGGAAAGAGUAAACAGAGCGUCUCUUUCUACUAUUGUUGAAUAAAAUACAAACUAAUUCAAAUCAAACUAAAAUAAGAUGAAAAAAAUUUUAUCAUAGGAUUAUUUAGGUCCUAUAUAAAAUGUUGAGACUGUAAACAUAGGAUCUGUUGCACCAUUAAUUUCUUAAAAUUAAAUUCCAAUUUAAGACAUCAAGAAAAUACUGAUAAUUAGUAUGAAGGAAUUAUAUAAAAUUACAGAAUUUCAAGUUGUUGAAAUAUAUUUAAAAUACAAUAAUAUUGGUGCAGAGGGUGCAAAAGAUUUAGGCACAGGAAUAGCCUAGUGCAAGAAUAUCACAACUUUGACGCUUGAUUUAUAUUGGAAUUAUAUUGGUGAAGGGGGUGCAAAAGAUUUAGGCACAGGAAUAGCCUAGUGCAAGUAUAUCACAACUUUGACACUUAACUUAAGAUACUGUGGUUUAGAUUAUGAUGCGAAAAUUUAACUAAAGAAAUUUCUAGAAAAUUAAUUAUAAGCUAAGAUAACUAUCUAUUGACAAUCAGCGAAAAGUUAAAUAUAACAAACCUGAACUUUAAUAAUUUAUAUAUUAAAAAAUUAAACUCUACA